UGAUGCACUCUUCAUCUUCUCCUCUUCCACCUCUGUUCACAGCUCCAGUGAAGCAGAGCGAGAUGUCGCAGAAGAAGAUAUUCCUGAUCUGUGUCGCCAUCAGUACCGUCAGUCUUCUGCUGCACCAUGGGGGCCACUUAAGCUGGACCAUAGAGGCCUUCCACCUCAGCUGUCCAGGCCUCCGUUCCCUCCCUCUGUGGGGCCUGAAACCGAAGCACACCAAUGUGGCCUUCCUCAAGACCCACAAAACAGCCAGCUCCACCAUGCAGAACCUGCUCUUCCGCUUCGCUGAGCGCAACAACGUCACGGUGGCGUUGCCGGUGCAGGCCUGCAGCCACCAGUUCUGCUACCCACACUCCUUUACCUCUCACUUUGUACACCAGCAUACAGUACCACCGAACAUCAUCACCAGCCACAUGCGGUACAACAAGGCAGAGCUACAGCGCCUGAUGCCCAACGAUACACUAUACAUUACAAUCCUCAGAGAGCCUGGGUCCAUGUUUGAGUCUUUGUUCAGUUACUACAACCAGUACUGCCAGAGCUUCAAAAGGGUCCCCAAUGGAUCCCUGGAGGCUUUCUUAGAGGAACCUUGGCGCUACUACAGACAAGAUGAGAAGGACUCAAUGUAUGCACGCAACACUGUCACAUUUGACCUGGGCGGAGACAAGGAUCGGCCUGCAACAGAUGUUGCAUAUGCCCAGACCUUUUUAUCAGAGGUAGAGCGAGUUUUCUCACUGGUGAUGAUAGCUGAGUAUUUUGACGAGUCUCUGGUUCUCCUUAGACACCUCCUGUCUUGGGAUCUGGAUGACAUUUUAUAUGUUAAGCUCAACAUGAGGACGACCAGCUCAAAGCGAAGCCUGACACCGGGCCUUUCUGCAAAGAUCCGUGCCUGGAAUUCCAUAGAUGCACGUCUCUACGACCAUUUCAACGCCUCAUUGUGGCGCCAGUUGUCCGCUCUAGGUCCUGCCUGUGUGGCGAGGGAAGUUCGACUCCUUAGGCAAGCCCAGGAAAGGUUAAUGAGAAGCUGCUUUGGUGGACGCAUGCCCCUUUUACGCUCUGCCACGCAGAUAAAGAACAAGGACCUCCGCCCCUGGAAGCCCAGUGGAAAAGUAGACAUUGUGGGCUAUGACCUUCCAACAAAUCUCAGCCGUGGCUUUUCAACGCAGGCCCAGGAGCUCUGCCUCAAGCUAGUCAUGCCUGAAGUCCAGUACACAAGGGUUCUCCUACGCUCUCAACUGCUGCGCUAUCGUCGAAGCUACCAGCUCCGGUCACCACAGCAGCCACGUCCCCCGCAGCAGCCUAUACGCACAGUCAUGCUGCGGCAUCCUCAAGGGCAGCGCAACCAAGCUCCCCAAGCAGCCCCAAACCCUGCAUCAGGAACAGGGUCCACCUCCACCACAAAGCCUGCUGAAGGGGCUCAAAAUCCCACCACAAAGUUAGGGCCCAAAUCCUCACAGAACGAGGCCUCUGACUGAAAAAUAGAGAGACUUAGACAAAAUCUGAGUGCCCAAUAGACUGCAUUGUUCCACCCAUCCUGACCCUUAAGACGAUGAUGCUUGAUUGGGAGGUUGGGGGGCGUUGGAAACAUGGGUGUCUUUUGGAAAUCAAUGUCUCCCCUGUUCCUCCCAGCCAGUUUGUGAUAAAAAAUACAUGAGGAGAAAGAAGGGGAAGGGGGGGUUAGUAAUUUCGGGACUUGAACUUGAAUCCCUCCCCUCUCUGCUCUGUGAAACAGUAUCAGAGUUGGCAGACACAAGAGCUGGAGAAAUCUACACUAGGACUCGGCUCAAUUGCACUCCUCUGCAAACGGAUUGGAGAGGUUUUAGGUGAAAGUGGUCCUUUGAAGCAAAUCUGUUAUAUGGGACAGGGACUCAAUAGGGAAGUGGCGAUAUCGGGCCUAUUGUGAGGCACAGAGUGGGCUUUGUGUGUAUCACACUGGUAAAGUAUCACGUUACUUGCUUUCAUUCUCUGUAUCUGGAGCUCUCUUUCGUUCUCUCUCCCUUACAUAUGCCAUUAAAAGUCCUUGAGAGAGACAUAAUGACAUAAAGGGAUCAGCUGUCAGGCCUCUAAAGAGCCUCCUAGGAGGCCAGACAGACACUGAGAUCACCUUUAAGCAUUAAUACAACUGCACAAUCAACAACUCUUCUCUUAGAAACUCUAAAGGCCUGAAGAAACAGUGGGAGGGGGGUUAAAAGCGAGGAAAAACACCUCGUCCAGAGGGUUAGUCUAUACUCAUUACUGCUGAGACUCAGAGACUGGAUGCACUCAUAAAGCCAGUGUCCCUUCAGCCUCUCUAGUUCACUCUCUGCAUCCUCUGAUCCCUGCUGCUGCCCUGUGGUCACCCCUCUCAACCCAGAGAGCUGCACCAACAUCUCACUUCCUUUACAGUCCCCCCUAGGACCACCAGCUCAGAUCACUUCUUUGCAUCCCGCAGCGAAGGCGAGGUUUCUGGAUGUUGGGGUUUUUAUUGCAAUACGAUCCCCAGGCCUUCAUUCUAUAUGAAAGGCAUGUGUUUAAUGACCUACCAGCAACCCCCCACACUGCAUACAUUGGCACAAACAAAAACAUAAAGCAGCUUGACAGGACAAAGACUUGAAGCCUGUGGGUCGCAAUGUUUGAAUAUUUAAUUCUCUCUUCCCUCAUGGGGCUCCUAUGGCCCGUGCACUUGGGUUACAUGUCGGUACAUUUUCAUAAAGAAUGCAAGGACUGGGCAAUGCUAAUCAUGUCAGAACCUGGAAUCACAGGUGAGCGAAGCAAAAUCGUCGGCGUAUGCAGUGAUGCUGGAAAAACCUGCGAGGCUGGUGGGCCGGCUGGGCUGUCUACGAACUGACAAUAUCAUCACUUAUCUCAGCGGUGAUCCAUGUUUAAUGCAUUCUGCUCAUAUUUAAAGUGUCAUUUAUGUUAUUCCAUUCUUCCAGUGAUCAGCAGGGUACUGCUCAGUGACGGAGAAGUGGAGGAAGGACAUUUGUGUGUGUUUGUGUGUGUGUAUGUAUGUAUGUGUGUGUGUGUGUGUGUGACACUGAGUAUGUGGGCCAGGAAUGUUGUAUUUUUUCAUGGCCGACCAAGUUGGCAUGGCAACAAAAGGAUGUAAAGUGUGUGAGAUUUAUUAAAACUAUGUAUUAUUUAUUAUCGGGACCUGAAGAGUCCCAUUACUGUAUUUUGAAUUGUUAUUUUUCAUGAACCACUGGAUAAACACUCUUCUUUGCUGUGGACAUUUAUGUGUCCAGGAAACCACUUAAGGCAACACAGAUGGUCAAGGCAUGUAGAGAAGAUAUAAAUUAUUAAUUUAUAUAUGUUUUUACAUAAUGCAAAUCUACAAAAACCACUUCUGAAAAACCGCACAUUGAAGUAGUCGCUUUAAAAUUGCUCUUUCAGUCAGCUGUGCUUGAGUGUUUGAGCGCUCAGAGCUUUUGUGGUUGGGAGUCUGUCACACUGUAGGUUACCAUAAUGAAAAACCCACAAACUGCUGCUGCUCAGAUGGGAGACAAGAGCAGGAGGAAGAACAGACACAAGUCAAGGAGAUACGAUUUUGUUGUUCGGGAUAGGGAAAUUCAAAAUUUGCUAAUCUGAACUUGACGGGAAAACAUCAGCUUUUGAAGCACGAGAUUCACAGCUGUUUUUAUUUAUUUGCGGGUAAAUUAAUUGUUUUCCUAUAUUGAUAUUCAUAUAUUCAUAUAUUUGACGUAACAUUGUAAAACUGAUUUAAAAACGUAUAUUUUAGAUGAGGUUUCUAUAUCAAAGAAAAUCCCAAACGAAAAGACCAAACUAACAAUGAGUCCAGUCCAAUGACUUCCUCAACAUCUCUGUUGAGCACAGCUUCAAAUGAGGAAGUGAGUGAUUUAAGCAAAACUUAUAUUCUGACAGAGAGACGAGCCUAAAGAUAAGAAAACAACAAGAAAACGGUCAAAACAGUAUUUAUUUAAACACAGGAAGUUUGGGGUAAGAUUGUGACUAAGGUUAGCAGAGCUAGCACCACCAGCCUCCAACCUCCUUACAGGGAUGGUCCUUGAUCAUAUGCCAGUUUAAGAUAUUUAUACAACUUUAACUGCACCCUGCUAUGAGAUGCUAUUUGUCACUUCCUGUUAGAUCUGGGGUUCCAAAAUUGUGGGACCCCCUGCCCACAUAGCAAACUUGGUCUGGCCCGGUUCUGGCCCACAAUACACUUAGACUCGGCCAACCUACCGCAAAGAAUGACGGCCCUUAAGUGGCCCAGAUAUAGUUUGCCAGAGACGGCCCACACAUGAGUCAGCUCAAUCACAAGCUCAACCUUAAUAAGCCCAGAUGUGGCAUUGGACAGAUCUGGGCCACAUAAACCAAGCCACAAUCGGGCCAGAUGUGGCAUGCCAUCAUAUAUACAAUGCCAUCAUUGCCAGACCUGGUCCACAUCCGGUUGACAUACCACUUGCCAUGCCAGCAGUGCCGGCUUGACGCCAGUUCUGGCCCAGACCUAUCUGCUAUGUGCGUGGGGGAUCGUGAGACACCUAGAUGUCCUCGCUAGAUGUCUUCCAGUUUUUUUAGUUUUUUUUUAGAUAAUCUAAAUUUGCUUAUUUGACCAAUUAUUGUAAAAAUAUAGAUACAAAUAGUUACAUUUUAAAUAAAACCCUGCAAAUAACUACGUUUCAUUAGUUUUCUGCCUUUCUUUGUUGCCAGAUGAUUCCUAAAGUUAGAGUUAGGGUUAGCUAACAGGCAGAGGCAGCUGUGUAACUGACGGGAGCUCUGAUCUGAGGGGAAAAUGUCAAGAAAAAACUUUGUUAAAGUGAGAAAAGGCAGGAUGUUUUAAGCGCCAGUGAGGACAUUUCUGUUGAUGUUGAUUUUGGCGCCUCCUGUGGACAAAGUGACACCUUAUCUUCCCUUGUCUGAAAAGGACAGUAGUAGCAGGUUAACUCACAGCAGAACAGGAAACAGCCACAUGUGCAUGUAGAUAAACUAAUUUUAACCACUUGGAGGGACAGUGGGGGUCACAAGUCUUUGGCCCCUACAUUUUGGGCGUCGCUGGCUGAAAAGUUUGGGCAUCCCUGUUUUAGAUUUCGAUGUGGCAGUACAGCAGUAGCCAAUCAAUGGAAGCUACAGCGCUGGCAAGCGUCGGGUGUAUGUGUUACAGCUUAAACGCAACAUAUGACCAACAUUUUGGACCUAGAUUAAUAAAAGUAUUCAUAAUUUGAUUAACUGACCAGGUGAGGACAAGCAAGGGUGACAAUCUUUAAUUCUUUAGUCGACUUAAUGUGAAAAUUCCUUCUCCAAACUCUCUAAACAAAUCACAUAUUAACAAGUUCAUAUUUCAAAAAGGCUCAAUAAGUUCCAGCUGGUCAUUGUAGUUCUUCACAAAGUUACAAAGGGACUACAGUUAGCUGCAGAUGGAAAACUCAUUUACCACUCAAAUGACAUAAAACUCCACACUAGUUCAUUGUAAUCAUGGAAUAUGCUCCCAGUGCACCAGAGUGACACAAUGACAUGCUUUUCAUUAUUGAUUUUUAAUUUAUUUUUAACAUCAGUAGUGGUCAAUAGCACACGCAUUAUUCUACAUUAGGCUUUGACAACACAGUCUGUGCUUUCCAGAUGGAUAGAGUCACUGUUGGUUUUGGUCUUUUCAUGGGAUUUUUUUUUCCUCAAAUGGAGAAAUGUAAAACAUCAAAAGCCUUAUCCUUUAACAAGUUCACAUUUUAAACAGUUUAAAAUAAAGCUGCUGCUUCGACAAUGCUUUAACCUGCUGAAAGAUAACACUGAAUUUAUGUUUUUGUCUGUCCUUGUUUUUUCUUAAGUGUUCAAUAUUCAAAAUACAGAAUAAGAUCAUGAAUUGUACUAUCAUGGGAACAAAUACAGUCAGAUUAUAAAAUAAUUUCACUGUUAAGUAAUCAGGUGACAGUUUCUGUUUUAAUCAUGAUGCCGUUUUAUAAAGUCUGGGGCCUCUUCGGGGUAAAGGCAGCUGGAGCUCUGAUCUGAUUCAUUUGACUUAGACGCUUUGGAAAGUGGACGUUUUGUAUUAAAAUAACAAGGGAAAAUGUCAAGACAAAACUCUGUUAAAGUGAGAGAAAGCGGGAUGUUUUAAAGCUCCAGUGAGGAUUUCGGUUGAUGUUGAUUUUGGCGCCCCCUGUGGACAAAAUGACACCUCUUAUUUAACACUAAUCUCCUGUAUGAGUGUAAAUCUCAUCCUGCUGUCUUUUAACACUCUUAUGGUACUCAUCAUGAAUAUUUGCUUUGGAAAGCCUCAAAAUAGUGUCUUAUUCGCCUCGAGUAAAUCACCUUAACUGACACCUACCCCCUUGAAGUGGCUUCAGGCGUUAAAAUGACACGAUAGAAACCGUCAGUCUUUUUGCUUUAGGUCUCUUUUGCUUUUGUCCGGCCAUAAAAAGGUUGCAAUGUUAAAUUUCUAGCGGUUUCAAAACCAGCUGAAAAAUCCUCACAGGAGCUUUAACAUUUCAAAGAUUAUGUCAUAUGAUUUAAUGUUUAUGUUACAGAUUAUGUCUGUAUUUUUUUGCAUAAUGGGUCAUUUGUAGACCAACAACGGUACAUGAAUUAAACAGUGUGGGAAACAGUAUUUAUCAGAUGUCUGAUUGGGAGUUAGUUAAAGAUUCUGCUUGGACCUCUCCUCCUGUAACUCUUCAUUUUUGUCUGUUCUUCGUGGCUGUGAGUCUCUUUAAGUGCUCUUUUGAUUGUACAACUUUUCUGCUUCUUGUGAGUGAAUUCCUCUAAUGGUCCUGCUGUCAUGUCUCGAGUUUCAGCAGUUCUUCUUUGAAAUGACUAAGAGAUCUGAGGAAACGGUACACUCUUCGUCUUCUCAUACAAUGCACCUCCUUUCUUCACAAAAAAUGUCUUUUUAUUUUGUUUUAAAAGAAAGUAAGAGAUGGUUUCUUUGAGUUUGAAUGGACUGAACAGCAAAAAGGAGACUCCAUCAUCCGGUGGAAAUGGCGUAUUUAUAAUUCUCUUACUGUAUUUUCCUCCAUUGCCUCUUUAAUCUGCUCACAAUUCUGAUCCUCUGUUAUUUGGGAACUGAGAAGAAUGAGCCUUCUUUUAUUUCAUUUGGGUGACUGACUUGAAGAGUUUGGGUGGGUAACGGGGCGCUGAAGAAACGCCUAAUGACAAUCAGAGCUAGGGGCCCCAAAGCUUUGUAAUGAAGGACUGUGAACGUGAAGAAUAAAGUUUGAAUUGAUUCAAAUCAA